AUGAAUCAGGAAUUGUGCAAACUAAAGUUGGAUUGGAAUGAGAAGCUCCCAAGAGAAUUGUGUGAACGUUGGAAGAGUUGGAGAGAAGGGCUUCUGAGCUUGCAAGGAUUCAGUAUUCCUCGAUGUUUUAAACCAAAGGACUUCGGUGAAGUGAAACAUGUAGAGCUUCAUCAUUUCGCCGACGCAUCCCAAGAGCAUGGUUAUGGGGCAGCCUCUUAUUUACGUCUUGUUAACAGUCGAGGGCAAAUUCAUUGCUGUUUCGUAAUGGGGAAGUCUCGCGUGAAACCCUUGAAAAGUGCUGUAACAGUACCAAAGCUGGAGUUGACAGUGGUUAUUCUAGCAACGAAAGUCAACAAGGUCAUAACGAGAGAGUUAGAAGGAAGACUGAAGAUUAACAGUGUGACUUACUGGACUGACUCUAUGAUAGUUCUCAAGUACAUUGCCAAUGAAGUACGAAGAUUUGUAACCUUCGUCGCAAACCGGGUAGCUGUCAUACGUCAAGAAUCAGAUCCAGGGCAGUGGCGGCAUGUACGAUCAGAGCUCAAUCCUGAUUAUGCUUCCCGAGGGAUCAAGGCCUCGGAGACUGGAAAAACUGGAAAGGUGGCGCCGUGGUCCAGAAUUCUUGUGGAGAGAAGUUGA